GCGCAGCACCGGCCCGCCAAUACCGACCGGUGGCACCCGAAGAGCGCGCGUCACCUCGCGCCUUCCGACAACCGAUAUCGACGCGCAAACACUACGCACACUCGAUUAAAGUGAAAUACAGUGAUCCCUUCCCCUGAUUAAACAUCACCCAAAAAAUACCCAUCAAACACCCCAUCACAAAGCAUCGAUUGAAACCUUAUCAGUUAUCACAGGACAGUGCAACGCGCGGUUUCAUAUGUCCCCAGCAAACGGUUGCGUCCCACGAUAGUGAGGGGAUGGGCGCGGGCGCGGCCGCGGGCACUCAGUAUCGCGGGGCGGGGUAGCGCAGCAUGCGGGUGCGGGCGGCGCGCGCGCUGCGGGCGCUGCGGCGCGUGGCGCUGGUGCUGCCGCUGGCGCUGACCGCGCUGGUGCUGCUGCUGCUGCCGCGCCCGCCGCCCGCCGACUCGCCCGCGCGCGUGCCCUCCUCGCCGCAGCCGCCGCCGGCGCCGGUCAGAGAUGAUCCGCCGGUGCAAUUCCAGAUUUUAGUAACCGAAAACAAUGAUAUAGCCGUCGAGGAGAACAAAAUUGAGGAUAGGCCAUGGUUCAUGCGAGGCGGUGAGAAACGGCCCACGCCGGAGGAGCCACACAGGGGGAUGUUCCCGGAUGAUCUUCCAGGAGAAGACAGAAUUUACGAACAACUGAUGUACGUUCUUCCGAAGAGCGAUGAAGAAGUACCAAUAAAGAAGAUUCUCCUUGCCAAUGGGUUGGGAGCUUGGGGUGUGCCAGCUGGCCGAACGGAGUUCAUACGAAACAAAUGCCCGGUGGAUCGCUGCUCUCUGACUGCAGACGCGAGAGAAGCCGCCACUGCUGAUGCUAUCUUGUUCAAAGAUCAUCACACACCGUUCAACGUUAAACGCCCGAUGAAACAGAUUUGGAUACUCUAUUACCUCGAGUGUCCAUACCACACAGCCUCUUUGCGGCCGACGUCAGUGGACCUGUUCAACUGGACGUCCACAUAUCGCCGCGAUUCAGACAUCGUGGCACCCUACGAGAAGUGGUUGUACCACGAUAAACUCGUUACCGGGAAGGACCACGAAAGAAACUACGCGGCUAACAAAACCAAAAAGGUUGCAUGGUUCGUAUCUAACUGCCACGCUCGAAACCGUCGCCUACAAUACGCUCGUCAACUCUCAAAAUACAUUUCCGUGGAUAUCUACGGAGCCUGCGGAUCGCACCACUGCCCUCGCACCGAUCCCAACUGUUUAGAAAUGCUGGACAAAGACUACAAAUUCUAUCUAGCGUUCGAGAAUUCAAAUUGCCGGGAUUACAUCACAGAGAAAUUCUUUGUCAACGGCUUACAGCACAACGUCCUGCCGAUAGUGAUGGGCGCAAGAGCGUCGGAGUAUGCGGCUGCCGCGCCAUUCACCUCGUACGUGCACGUGGAAGAGUUCGCGGGGGCCGAGGAGCUCGCCGCCUACCUGCACCGGUUGGAUAAUGAUGACAACCUGUACAACUCCUACUUCAGGUGGAAGAGCACUGGCGAGUUCAUAAACACGUACUUCUUCUGCCGCGUGUGCGCGAUGCUGCACGCGAAUGACCGGCGCAAGCGCACUGGCAGCUACCCCGACGUGCAGUCGUGGUGGCGCGACGGCGCUUGCACGCGCGGAGACUGGCGCUCUACCGAGCGCGACAACGGAUAGCGUCCAGCAGU